GAAACUAAGCAGUAAACAAUAUGAUCGAAUCUACUUCUUUCUUCAAUCUGGAAUUGUCCAUUUGUAUAUAUGUAUGUAUGUAUGUUAUAUAUUGUCUGUGUCGAUUGGAGAAAGGAGGAGAGGCUAGCACAAGGAAGAAGGGAGCAUAAUGGGAAGGGGGAAGUUCAAGGGGAAGCCUACUGGUCGGCGCCAUUUCUCCACUCCAGAAGAGAUGAUUAUUGGCGCUUCUGCAUCUCGUCCUCGCACGUUCAAAAAGCAACAAGCAGAGGUAGAAGAAGAUGAGAGGUCCAGGGAAGAGCCUGAAGCGGAAUCUGAGGAUGAAUCUCAAAAGGCAAAAGGCCUUGAAGGCGUGAUACAAAUAGAGAAUCCUAACUUCAUGAAGCAAAAAAACUUGAAAGCAUGCGAUGCAGAUGUAGAGAAAACAACUGAACUUUCAAGGCGGGAAAGGGAGGUGAUAGAAAAGCAGAAGGCUCAUGAGAGGUUCAUGAGGCUGCAAGAACAAGGCAAGACUGAUCAGGCCAGGAAAGAUUUAGGUAAUGGUUCGAAUGUCCUUAAUGUAUUCCUAUCUUUUACUUUAGGUUCAGGUUUUGGUAUCAAUCUCAAUAUCGAACUUGUCUCUAUUUCCAGAACGCUUGGCCAUUGUUCGACAGCAGAGAGCUGAAGCUGCUAAGAAGCGGCAAGAGGAGAAGGCCGCCCGAAUGCAGAAGCUGGAAUCGCACAAUUGAGGGAGCUCGAGCUCUCUUGCCUAUAGUUGCAUUAAAAUGCUUGAAUGUUUCCUGUAUGUCAUACUCAAUCAAUAAUGGCAAUGCUCUAUUAAUA